CCAGCUUUCAGCGGCACAAGAUCGAAAAAGCAGAAGGCAGGCUCCAGCCAUCAUCCGGAGACUUUUUCAGAGCGAGCUCGAGUGGUGAACCUGAUCCCAGCAGCUAGCGUCAGGCAGCAAAUAGGUCGACCGACAUGGGCCGUUGGCUGAAGCCAGAUGUGUACCCGCUGAUCGCGGCCAUGUCGUUCGUGACGGGGAUAUGCGUGUUCCAGCUCACCCGGAACGUGCUCAUGAACCCGGACGUGCGGGUGAGCAAGAGCAACCGCCAGAGCGCCGUGCUGGACAACGCCGACGAGGGGCAGCGCUACAGCCAGCACGCGUUCCGCCGCUUCCUCAGCACGCAGCGCCCGGAGGUCUUCCCCACGCUCAACCGAUUCUUCUCCGAGUCGUCGUCCGCGGGCGACAAGUGAUGAUCAGAUAAUCAGACGACGGCGCCGGAGCAUUGCUUCGGCCUGCACGCAUGUCAUCGUGCGCGUGUGAAUAUUGGUGUGCGGGUGCGUGCGUACGUGCCUCUGGAAUCAUGAUAUGGUGGUGUGUGCACAAUAAACUUGGGUUUUUGUUGCUCUCGUCUUGUCGUGCGGUUGU